UGUCAUUAAAGCCGAGAGGCACAAGGAAAAGCAAUUUCUUUUUAAUAGGAGAAGCAACACAAAGAAACGCUUCAAAACUAAAGAGAGUUGAACCAUCAAUCAAUUAGGCAUUAGUUUCAAGUUGAAGUAAGAAGAAAGUUGCAAUGGAUAACAAAGACGAUCCUAAUGACAAAGACAAAGGGCUAUUUUCACAUCUUGCUGGAUAUGCUACAGGACACUACUCACAGCAUGGAGGAUCAUACCCUCCACAAGGAUAUGGGUAUCCCCCACAAGGGUAUGGAUACCCUCCUGCAGGUGGGUAUCCUCCUCAAGGUGGCUAUCCUCCGCAGGGUGGGUAUCCUCCAUCUGGAUAUCCUCCACAGGGUGGUUAUCCUCCAUCUGGAUAUCCUCCCCCUGGCGGAUAUCCACCAGCCGGGUAUCCUCCCCAGGGCGGAUAUCCACCAGCCGGGUAUCCAGGUCCAUCAGCUGCACAUCAUACAGGGCAUGGAUCGAACAUGGGAGGUAUGCUAGCUGGGGGGGCUGCUGCUGCAGCUGCUGCUUAUGGGGCUCACCAUCUUGUGCACGGAAGUCACCACGGGGGUUACCAUGGCUAUGGUCACGGGAAGUUCAAGCAUGGCAAACAUGGGUUUGGUCAUGGGAAAUUCAAGCAUGGCAAACAUGGGUUUGGCCACGGGAAAUUUGGCAAGCGCUUUGGGUUUGGAGGCAAGUUCAAGAAAUGGAAGUAAUGUAAUAGAGCUAAAUGGUGACUUUGAGAUCUAACUCGGUCCACUGAAGAUGAUGUUAUUUUACAUUCUCAUAAUUACUUCAGAUGAGUUGGUUACUUCAGAUGAGUUGGUUGUUGAUUUAUUAUUGUUCAGAGUUUAGUAUUGCAUUCUAGUAGUUUAUUUGCUUAUGAUGUAAGUAUGUUUGAGUGAAGAAUAUAGAAUGACUGACUGUUUGCGUAGAAACCUCUUGUAUUUCUUUUCUUUGUAUCCAGGUUUUUUCGUUUAUACUAAUGCUUUAUUGCUCAAGCUUUA